AUGUCCAAGAGACAAAAACACACAUCCUUAUUCANUUUUUUCAGAAAAUCACCACAUACGUUUUACAACAUAUCAUUCUUUCUGUAUGGUCCAAUUGGAUUCAUAAUAACAAUUGUCAUUGGAUUGCUAGUUAGUUAUAUCUUCAGAAACCAAUACAGCCAGACUAUAGACCCCAGGCUGAUGUUUGACUGUUCAAGAUUUUCUAAAUGUUCCAAAAAGCACCAAAGACAAGAUUCAGUCACCAGAGACAGUGAUGAGGAAACAUGUCCUCUGUACACAGAUCACACCACAAAAGUACAAUGAAUCAAAUGAGAUUCAAAAUUGAAUCAAUCCAAAAAUAUUUAAAUACUUUGUAUUUAAAAUAAUCUAUCUUCACAUAGAAGAGACCUUUUAUUAUGAUUAUCAAUACCCUGUUGCCAUGCUGGAGGAUUUCAAAAUUAUGGUAUGUCCAAGAGACAAAAACACACAUCCUUAUUCAUAAUGGGCCUUUCAAAUGCCCCCCCCCCCCCCCCCCCCCCCCCCCCACCCCCUGUCUGCAAGAUGCACCAUGGGAUUGACAGAAGAUUGACGUAACUGGUCUCUGAGUAGACUUACAGAACUAGUCGUCACAAUUACCUUUAGAACUAUCUAAUUCAACCUGCCCAAAUUACAACCAUCAUAAAGAUUCAAAAUGUUUUAAAUACUCUCAACAACAGUUCUAUUGUAGCCGUUGUAAGGAUGAUAUUGCAUGCAUUCGAUAGUUUUAGACAAAAGUUGUGUGUAGCCAUCCUAAUAAUGUUAUUUUCCAAUGAACCAUUUUUGUUAAGACGCCAUAACUCUCUGAUCUAAACAAACCAUGAUGUCAUUAGUGGAAACUCAUUUCCAGGGGGUAAGGGGGGCUGACAUCUCAUUUAUCCUAAAGUUACAUUAAGUUUCCCGAUUUUGAGAUGUAUUUUACCUUUGGUUGUGAAAAAAGUAAUUAUAGAGAAAAUUCUCUAUAAUAAUGGCAGCGGUAUUUGUAAUCAUUGUCAGUAUUUAAAAUUUCUCAACCUGAACCAAUGUAAAGUUGAUAAACAUGUCAUUUAUAGCAACAAAACAAUAGUUAUUUUUAGAAGACAUGCGCGUAGUUAUUAACCAGAUAACGAUAUUUUCUAAAUUCAAAAUGCCAGUGUGGUCGAGGGUGGAUUAGAAGAUAUGUAUUAUAUAUGUAUAAGAUAAUUUUCAUUAAUUUUAUUAAUAAAAGAGGGUUUGUGGUAGUAAUUUUAAAAGUCUCCGUUUAAUAAAGUGUUGGUUUCCGUAAAAAAAGGUUUUACUCUGUAAAAUUGUGGUAUGUGCACAUACGUGCCUUUCAUUUAAUGGCAUGGAACUUUUUGCCAAACAAAUUAUUUCAAAGUCAAUGUAAAUAAAAUUUGAACAAUUCA